CAAAGUGCAUUGUGGGAUUGAAUCAGAAUAUAAUGUCCGCUUUUAAGAUUCAAGAGAACCUUCACCUAUUUGCUGUUUACAGGAGAUUUUGGAAUGGAGGAGCUGUAUGAAUUACCCCGAGCAGUUCUUGUUUACAGAUCCCACUUUUAUUAAGUGUCUGAUCUUUUGUACAAUUGCUUGAUCGCCAUGGAACACAUGAGGAAACACUCAGCACCAAAUAUCAAUGGGCUGAGCAGACCUAGCGAGGGUUCUCAAGAAAGAAAAAGGAGGAACUACAAAUUACUUGUAGACCCAGUGUUGCACAAGGGGCAACAGAAAUUAUAUAGAUUUGAAGGUGUAAUUCCUGGGGAUCCAACGCCAGUGUUUGUAAGAGACCCAAGGCCUAGGCUGAAUAGACUGUGGACAAAAAUAAACCAAGCAGAUCUUGUUGUGCCACAGUUUAAGUAUGAUGAAUACUAUGUUGGUAUACCACUACCAAAAGAGGUGACAUUUACAAACCUAAAUGACAACAUUGACAACAGAUUCUUAGAUGGCAUGGUGCGGUCGUUUGGGGUAGUUGAAGAGUGUAAGAUUUACUACCACCCAAAGACCAGAAAGCACCUGGGAAUUGCUAAGGUCAUGUUCACCUCUACCAAGGCAGCUAGAAUAUGUGCCAGCAGGCUGGACCAAACAUCAAAGAUGGGAAAUAUCAUGAAUGUGUUUGUAGAUACCAUGGGUACAGAAAGGCAGAAGCUGAUUGAGGACUUGACAACAGAUAAACCCAGGAUUGAACCAAGACCUGCCACACCAGAAAUCCCUCUACAUUCAGGCAAUCACUCAAGGAAUGACAAGGGAUAUCGUGAUGAAUCAUCAUCAUCAAAAAGCUUCAAUAAUAAUUCCACAGGCAAGGGGGCAGAUUUUACACCCUCUAACAAUUCAUAUGGCACAACACCAGCAGGAAGCCACUCAGAUGUUGGCUAUAGCACAGGACGCUCAGACUUCUCCCAAAGUGGUGGUUACUCUGUUGGCCAAGGGGAAUUAGGCUUCUCAGAAACUUCUUCUGAUUUGGGAUUCACCCCCUUGUCACAGCAGACACCUAUGAUGGGCUACCAGGAAGGGUUUGAUCGUUUUCCGCCUGCUUCGCACAAUGUAAACAAUAUGAACAUGUAUAACAUGAAUAUGGGUGGGCAGAAUUUUGCCUAUGAUAUGCCUCCACCACAACAGCAGUUUGAUAUGCAAAGUGGGCAGGCUCCUAUGCAAAAUCAAAAUUUUGGAGGUUUUAAUGAAUACAACAGGGAGUUCAAUAGAUCUCAGCAACAGCAGCCCCCCAAGGAUUAUCAUGACAGACAUACACAUCGUGAGGAAAAGCAUAGUAGCAGGCAUAGGAAGAAAUCUCCAGAACCAGAGAAACCCAAAUCAUUAAGUCUGGAAUCCAGAAUUGAAAUGCUGCUAAAACAGUCAAAAGACUUGGGAGCUUCCUUUGGUAGCCCAGAUGACUCAUCAGGAGGGGAACAUCCUCCUCCCCCAGAUGAGGCCCCUCGUUCACAUACUCCUCCCCCUCUUCCUGUGCCUUCCCGCAGUGACAGGGCAGCAUAUUCAGACUCUUCUCAGAGUAGUAAUAGAGAGGACAGGACUAAACAUAUUGAUUCAUAUGAACAUCGUAAGAGGAAAGAAUCAGAACAGACAAUUUCUAAGGCCCCAGAGCUUCCACCCACAAUUCCUCCAGGUCCGUCUGUGCUGGAGACACAGGACAGUAAAGGGGAAGAUAUGGAUUUGGACAGCAGUGACAAUGAAGACAGGAUGAGUGUGUCUUCAAUUAGCAGUGGAGAGGAAAAGAUAGAAGUCAAUCCAAUUGUUGUCCCAGAUCUGUCAGUCCCGCCUCCAAAUAUGAGCAAUAUGGGCAUCAACCUUACGGUCCCCCCUCCAGGACCUAUGUCUGCCUUCAACCCCAUGAUGCCAAACUCCAUGAUGAACUUCCAACCACCCAACUUGGGCAAUCCCAUGAUACCCCCUAUGAUGGGAAACUGGAAUCCUGGCAUGGGACCUGGUUUUGCUUCAGACAUGAAUGUCAUGAUGAAUGGUAACUUUAACAUGAAUAAUGCACAAAGUGGCAUGCUAAGCCCUACUGGGUAUAACCAACAUCUAAACCAGAUUCCGUCCAAUUUUAACAUGGGGGAAAACAUUGGCAACAUGAACUGUAUGGAAGGUCCCCUAGAGGGGGAAAUAACAGAUCCAAGAGAUGAAAUAUUUCAUGAGGGAUUAGAAAAAAUCAUUACUGAACUGAAACAGAUCAUGAAAAAGGAUCUGGGAAGGAAAAUGGUGGAAAAUUCUGCAUUUAAACAUUUUGAAUGUUGGUGGGACAGAGAAGAAUCGGAGUUAAAGAAGUCCAGUCUUCAAGUACAGAAACCCAUCCCAGGUACCGAGAAACCAAGCACAUCCACACAGCAGACAACUGCUUCAUCUGGAGGGAAGCAAGAGGCAGCACUGUCCUCUCUUUUUGAUUCCUCAAAUCGCUGGCAGGAAGGCAGCUUUGGUGCUAGCUUUAGUGGUGGACCUGGGGGAUUUGGAAUGGGUGGGCUAUUGGGACUAAGAGCUGGAAUUCCAAAGAUGCCCUCAUUUAGGCGGAAGUUUAGGCCACCGUCAGUUGAAGCUGAAGAUGAUGAGACACAGGACAGCAGGAAAGCAGACUAUGAUUCGGAUGCUGAUUCUACCCAGUCAGACUCAUCUAAAGCCAAAAGUAGGAUCAAAAGGCCAGCAGAUGAUAGUGAGAGUGAAGGAGAUAAAUCUGAUGCUGAGUCAAAAGCUGAAUCGGAAGAUGAAGAGGAUGCUAGCAGCAGCAGUGAUGAAGAAGAGGAGGAAGAUGAGGAGGAGGAGGAAAGUGAGGAGAGUGAGGGCGCAGAGUCAGAUGAUGAGGCAGAGGAGGAGGAAGAAGAUGAAGAAUCAGCAGUUGUGGAUGUAGAGGAAGAGGGAGACAAAGAGGAGGCUAAGUCUGUGGAUGAAGGAAAAGAAAAACAAGAUAAAGAAGAUAUAGAAGAAGAGAAAGACUUGGUAGGAAAAGAAGAGGAAUUCAAAGCAAAUGAAAAAGAGGAAGAUGGAGAAGAAAGCACAGAAAUAAAACUGCCAUCACACACUAAGACAGUAGACCAAAAAUCCCAAGAAAAAAGUUCUGAAGAUAAAGCAGAGGAUGUCAGUAAGGAUGAAGAGGGGAAGAAAGAGAAAGAGGCUGGGGAAGAGGAGGACCACAUGGGUGCCUUUGACAUUUUAGUUGAGAUGGCAGUCAAAGAAAGGGAGUCUCAGAAACAAAAGGAACAUGAGACACAGCAGCAGAUUAUCUCAGAACAUGAUUAUUUUGCAAAACCUACAGAGUCUGAGGUACCAGAGGAAUCUAAGCCCUCCUCCUCCUCUGAAGAGAGUGAUGGGGAACCAACUAUCCCGUUGAGUAUGUUUAUAGAGCACAACUACUGUCUCCAUCCAAAGACUAAACCAAAAGUUAAAAAAGUAAGAAAUAAAGAUAAAACGAAAGAAAAUGAACAGCUGACAGUGACAGAAAAUAAGUCUGUUAUAGGCGAAAUGUUGAAGGAGUCUGCGCCAGAAAAGAAAGGAGCUCAGAAACUUAGGGAUAUAACAGAUAUAGUGAAAUCUCGCAGGAAUCGAGAACUUGCCAAUCUUUUGCCUCCGCCAAGUCCCCCAAAACCAAAACCAAAGUUCAAGCCACGAGCCCAGAUGGAUGAAAGAAUGCUUAUGUAUGACAUAUUCAGGAAAGGUAUUGAUGCAGAAGAUGUUAAUUAUUUAAAAAGGAGUUAUGAAGAAAUGCUUGGGAUUGACAACCCACAGAUUGCCUUCUGGUUGAACUACACUCAUUGGGUUGAACACCCUUUGACCAACAUCCCAGACCCUGUGGUGCCUAAGAAGAAGAGGAAAACAGAUGAUGACAUGCCAAAGAUACACGAGACAGGCUCUGCAAGAACAGAAGGUUACUAUAAGAUGACAAUGAAAGAAAAGAAAGCAUUCCUACGUGCUGCUCGUGGUGCUUCCAGUCAACCAGCUGCUCCUGAUGGUGGGUCUUUGACCCUUGAUAAAGUGAAGAAGCAAGUUCAGCUGUCUAGGGAGGCCAGGUCAGAGAACAGGAGACUACUAACCACAAUGGGAGAUCUGGAGAUAGGGGAUUUACUGAAAUUUAACCAAUUGAAGUUCCGUAUCAAGAACUUGAGAUUUUCCAAGAGCACAAUUCAUGACUGGGGUCUGUUUGCCCUGGAGCCUAUUGCAGCUGAUGAGAUGGUCAUAGAAUAUGUGGGUCAUGCCAUCCGGCAAUCAGUUGCUGAUUUACGAGAGAAGAAAUAUGAAGAAAUGGGUAUAGGAAGCUCAUACCUAUUUCGAGUUGAUCAUGAGACCAUUAUAGAUGCAACCAAAACUGGCAAUCUGGCCAGAUUUAUUAAUCACAGUUGUAAUCCCAAUUGCUAUGCUAAAAUUAUCACAGUGGAUACAAGCAAGAAGAUUGUUAUCUAUUCCAAGAGAGACAUUGACAUGAAUGAAGAGAUCACCUAUGAUUACAAGUUUCCACUGGAAGACCAGAAGAUCCCAUGUUUCUGUGGUGCACCAAACUGCAGGGGCAGCUUAAACUAGAGCUCCAUAAUAAAGGAGAUAUUAUCAUAAUGAUCACUCCAGGGACUAUCUUAAAGUGAUAGUGAUUGUAAAAAUACAGAUAGAGGCAGCUCAUCGGUCUUCUCAUAAAUAUCAUUAUGUGUACUGCUAUUUGAAAUCACAAAAUCAAUGUAGUAUUAGUAUGAGAAUUAUGCAAGUCAGUUUAUAAAAAUAUAGUGUUAAUUUCAGUGUGUUGCUAUUUCUGCAUUUGUUAAGGAAAGUGAAUAACUUCCAACAACAUGAAGAAGUAAAAUGGUGAACAUUGUUAAGAUUUGCUCUGUGCCCAAGCUCUGAAUAUCCUGUUCAAAAUGUAUCUUCAAUCUUAUGUGUGCCCAGAUAGUCAUUUUAUGUUUUAUACUUGUGUAUAUGAUUCAAUUAUACAGAAUUAUUAUCUUCUAAAAUAAGAUUGAAAAACAAAUUUGAAAGACAAGUUUGUUGGUCUGGCAUUUAAGUUACUUUUUUUAUUGUACAGACCAUUUAGUUGUAAAUUACAUUAUUUCAGAAAUGGUACUAUAUUUACAUUGUUUGGUUAUGAAUUAUGGCCAUUAUUGAGAAGGUUGCACUGCAGCCCACAUGUUGCAGUUUGAAUUCAAAAUUGCUGCCACAUUAAAAAAGCUAGGAUCAAACACUGUGACAGGCAGUUUAUAACAGGCUAUAACUAGGAAACACCAAAAUGGAUCCUUCUUGGCAGCAUGGUUGGUUAACCAUGAGUAAUAUCAAGGGAUUACCUUUUUAAACUGUAGAUAUGUGUAUACAGAGUGAAAACACUAGUGUAGCAAUUUAGCAGAAAUGGUGUAGGCAUUUCUUAUAUAUAAAUGAAUGUAAAGCUGUGUAAAGUUGCUCAAAAUGUCAUUAAAUUUUAACAAGCCCAUGUCAUAGUUUAUCUAACUGUAGGGAGCACUGGAUCAUGGCUUCACAAACUUGCUAUUUGUUUGUACAAUGUUGGGCUGAAACACAGUGGAAAUGGAGAUACUUUAAUGAAUGAAUUUUUCUCACUAGGAGUUACACCAAUUUUUUUUUUUUUUUUUUGGCAAUUGCAUUUUAUCCCCCUUUCUGUAUGAUAUAGUCAUGUAUAGUAUUUUUACAAACAUUAAACAGGUAAUACAGUAAUGUUUUUGAAAUUGUACAGUGUAUCAAUUCUCAAUAAACUGUUAUUGAUAAUGAAGUUUGCUUGUUUGAUGUGGUUUUAACACAAAUAGCACCUUUACUAGUCUAUAUGUAGUGUUUAUUUUCGACCAUGCUGUUUUAUUUAUAGAAAGGUCUUGCACAUUAAAUUCUUUAGUUUUUGAAAUACUCCACACAAAGGAUUAUUACAAUAUAAUAAAUAAUAACGAUGAAAGCUGACAGUCUUGUCUAUUGAAUACUUUCUCUUCCUCAGAAAGAAGUUAUUACAAAACGGUGAAAUGGAGUGUAAAAAUUUAGUCAACAUGGCAAUUCCAAAUGAGAGCACUUCCGUGGGACGAUAGAAAUUGGUCAUUCUUGAUUGAUGUGAAGAAGAGCAAGCACUUUCAAUCCUGUAUAUCAAUAUUGUCAAGUUGGCAUGAAAAAAUGUGAACUAGUAACUGUUCAGGGAUUUCAUUUAUUCCUACAUCACAUUAAAAUAAAAUGCUUUCUUUUUCUAUACAAAUGUAUGAUCCCGUUUUAUAAAAACGUGGAUUUUAAACAUACUUUGAAGGUCUUUUGAUACUCACACCAUUUUUGAAGGUUACUUUACAAGAGAAUGUCAUAAUUCAAGUCAUCAUGUCAUUUAAGUUCCACUUCCCAGUUGAAAAUGCAUUUGAAUUUCUGAUUUUCGAUUGACCUAAUUUAUAAUAUGGCCUUUUUAACGGCUGUUACAGUAACCUCAAACCAUUAUAUUUCACAAUGCAAUGUCUUAAUUAAAAAUUAUUACAAAAAUUUUUAUACAACAGAGUAAAUCUAAAUAACUGAUAAGAUACGUCAAUGUUUUCCAGUAUGAAUGAAUGUAUAUAAUAAAAGUGAUUACCUGAUAUAUGUUUUGAACACUUCUCCCUUUAUAAGCAAGGUAAAUAAAAUGUGCAAAUUUACAAGUUUCACAUAUCCAUUAAAUAUAAAGUAAUAAAAUAAAAUUUAUGCUUAUGGUGAACAUACUUCAUGCUUGUUUUAAAACUCCUCCCUAUACUCGUUUCCAGGAAAGUUCCACUUAUAUCAUGUUUAAAAAUAAGGUAGAUGGGUACAUUAAUAUUGCAAUAAAAGAAAAAAAAAUCCUAUGAUACAUAUUCUUAUCUAGAUAAAGGACCAUAAAAUAUAUACUAUUCAAGCAAAAAUGUCCUUUUAUGUCGUUUUCUUCACCAAGUUCUUCUGCUUUUAAACUGCUCCUGUUAAUUGCCAAUUAAACUGCUUUGUAAAUUUAUGUAAAAUAGUGAUCAGUGUGCAGAGUACCUCUGUAACUAAAUUGGAUAUCAUGAAAAUUGGCACAGUUGACAACAACAUGUAACCAGUGUUUGCUUUAAAAUGUUCUGUUAAUGAGAGCAAAGUCCCUAAUUUGCAUGCUCAGACAUGCUGAAACUGUCGGUCAGAUCGGUCAUGACCAGGAAAAUUUGUCUGGACCGGUAAAACAUGGGACUUGGU